CUUCAUUUCUUCCAUGUGCUCAAUUGACUCAGCAGCGGAUCAGUGCCGAAUAUUCUUCACUUCGUCGAUUCGGGUGUUUUCAUAGUGUACUGUACUGUAUGUACCCUAUGGCGCCUCGCCUCGUCCACGCCCUUGUCAUGACAUGCUCCACUUUUCCAAUUUUGCACCCCAGACCCAGGUUUCGGGGUGGGCCACCGAGGGUAACCGACUAGAUGUGAAUCAUAUCGACUCUUUUUCUGGGUUCUUUUCACCUCCGAGUUUCUUUCUAUCACCGAAGGGCAGUCACACACAACAUCAACUCCCGGGUGGCCUACAUACAGUACCUCCGCCAACCCACCGCAAGACAGCCACCACAGCCCUCAUCUACAGUACACUUACUCCCGCCAAUCCGCAGCCAUGGCCUCCACCUCGACCUCCACAGCAGUACAAUGGCAAACCGCCCCCGCCAUCGAACUGGAGUCGCGCGCGCCCAAACACCCCCUCGCAGCACCCACCGCCGCCCCCGCCGACGACGCGAUCAUGCAGGCGUCCGCGCAGGCCGACGCCGAGGUGCCCGACGGCGGACGCGGGUGGGUCGUGAUCGGGGCGUGUGCCGUGCUGACGUGGUGGGUGAUCGGGACCUCGUACUGCUGGGGGGUGCUGCAGGCGGCGCUGGUGCAGGAGGGGCUGGCGGCGGCGUCGACGCUGGCGUUCGUGGGGUCGCUGGCGACGGCGUGCAUCUCGUUUCUGGGGAUUGCCAACGCGCAGCUGAUCCGGACGCUGGGGACGCAGCGCAGCGCGAUGCUGGGGGUUUUCUGUCUGGGGCUGGGGUCGAUUCUGAGUGGGUUCUCGUACCGGAACGUGGCGGGGUUGUUUGUGACGCAGGGGGUGGUGUUUGGGGUGGGCAUUAGUAUGUGCUUCAUGGUCGUCUCCACCAUCCCCGCGCAGUACUUCCGGGCCAAGCGCGGCACCGCCAACGGCAUCGUCUACGCGGCCGGCGGCCUCGGCGGCACCGCGCUCAGCUUCCUCAUCAACGCCCUCCUCGACCGCGUCGGCACCGCCUGGACCUUCCGGGUGAUCGGGCUCAUGACCCUGGCCACGGGGCUGCCGGCCGCGUGGCUGGUGCAGCAGCGCAUCCCGAUCCCGCGGGCUGCGGUGGUGGAGUGGCGCCUCUUCCGCGACGUCCGCUUCUGCCUCCUCUUCGCCGUCGGCGCCAUCGCCACCUUCCCCCUCCUGGUGCCUCCGUUCUUCCUGCCGCUCUACGUCAAUGCCCUGGGCAUGGGCUCCACGGCCGGCGCCGGCGUCGUCGCCGCCUUCAAUUUCUCCUCCGCGCUGGGCCGCCUCACCUGCGGCUUCGCGAGCGACACCAUCGGCCCGCUGAACACGUUGUUCGGCUCGCUGCUGCUCUCCGCCUUAAGCAUGUUGAUCAUCUGGCCCGUGUCGACGUCCAUCGGCCCGCUCAUCGUCUUUGUGGUGAUUAACGGCAUGUCGAAUGGGGGGUUCUUCUCGACGAUCCCCACGGUGGUGGGGAAUGUGUUUGGGUCGGCUCGGGUGGGCGUCGCGAUGGGGAUGAUUGUCACGGGGUGGGCCGGGGGGUAUCUUCUUGGCUCGCCGAUUGCAGGAUACAUCCUCGAUGCGUCCGGGGGUGAAGGCGCGGGCACGAAGGCGUACCGGCCGGCCAUUCUGUACGCGGGGUUCAUGGCGCUGGCGGCGACGGGGCUGUCGGUGGGGAUCAGGGUCAAGACAAGCGCGAAGUUGGGGAAGAGGGUUUGAUUUUUACCCUGGCAAACUUGGCCCGAAGUAUAGAUUGUUAGAGAUUACUCAAAAUAAAC